UUGUAUAAUUAUAUAUUAUAAGCCGUACAAAUACCAAAACAUUGGCAAGCCCGUGCCAGAUAUCUGGAACCAUCUCAAGGAAAUGAAGGCAUUCUUGCUGGCGCUCUUGUGUCUCUCAGUACAUACUGUAGUAUGUCGCCUGAGUAUCACCGGUGAUCACUUCUACGAGGGCAGCACACGUGUAUUCCUGAGCGGUGUCAACGCUGCCUGGGUGUACCUCGGAACCGACUUCGGCAACAACCAACUCGACAACUACAGACUCUCCAAAUACACCGACUACAUCAAGCAGAUUCACUCCAACGGAGGAAACUCCAUACGCAUCUUCGUGCAUGACAACUGCGAGACUACACCCAACAUAGACUCCAACGGUAUCACCCAGGGUCCAGACAAAGAUGGAACGCUCAUCAGUGACCUCAAGAAGGUCCUUGACGUUGCCCAAGCAAACAACGUCCUCGUCUUCUUUGCUCUCUUCAAUGGAGCCCAGAAGAAGCCCGACCACUGGAAGCUCCAGGGCAUCAUCACCGACGACACCAAGAGACAGAAGUACAUCGAGAAGGCUCUGCAGCCGAUGGUGAAGGCUCUGGGCAACCACAUUGCUCUGGGAGGUUGGGACAUCAUAAACGAACUGGAGGGGAUCAUUAAGAUCGAAGAUCAUGGAGGGGACAGCUGCUUUGAUACCAGCUUCUUAAAAAACAGCGGGGCGGGGUUUGCUGGGGCCACUUACAGUGCUCAGGAUCUUCAAAGGUUCCUGAACCACGUGGCCGACGGUAUCAAGCAGGCAGACAGCAGUGCACUGAUCACAUCCGGGUCCUGGAACCCAAUCUCCAACACAGACAAAUUUGGUUCUCAUAAUCUUUACAAAGAUAGCUGCCUCCGCAAAGCAGGUGGAAAACAACAGGGUGUCCUCUCCUUCUAUUCAACCCACACAUACGCCAAGGCAGAUCAAUGCCAGUGUCACUAUGACAAGAUUUCCCCCUUCUACGGAGCAGGACAUCACAUGAGUGACUAUGGUCUGGACAAGCCCCUUGUAAUCGCCGAGUUCAGCGAGAAGAAAGGUGACGGGUGGACUACGAGCAAACAGUUUAACCACGCCUACUACAACGGAUAUGCGGGAGCAUGGGGAUGGCAGUACAAGCAGGAGGCGACGGAUAAUGACGAAGAUACAGCCGCCGUCAUCAACGCCGGCCUCAACUACAUUAAGGGCAAGACGGACGCUAGCAACGGGGGAACAGUCAAUUUUCAAUUGUGAUCGAUUUGUGUUAUGGUGUAAGGGAUGCUAAUUAAAAUUAUAUAGUAUUGACAA